AUGACCCUCAAAAUUGCCAUCAUCGGCGCAGGCCACAUUGGCCCCCGCCACGCCCAAUCCGUUCUCUCCAAUCCAUCUACCACCCUUUCAGGCCUCGUCGAUCCAUCUCCAGCAGCCCAAACCACCGCCACUACCCUGAAAACCUCAUACCACCCAACAAUCGCACAUCUCGUCUCAUCUCCAUCCAAACCCGACGCCGCAAUAGUCUGUACCCCAAACCACACCCACGUGCCCAUUGCCAAAGAAUUGCUCUCCGCCGGGAUCCACGUCCUCCUUGAAAAACCAUUCUCCGAUUCCCUAGAAACAGGUCUCUCUCUCCUCAAGUUUUCCAAGGCUCCAGGGAACGCCCAUCUCAAGCUCCUAGUCGGCCAUCACCGCCGCUUCAACCCCUACGUCCGCGCCGCUAAAUCCGUCCUCGACUCCGGCUCUCUCGGCAAUGUCAUCGCUGUCAACGGCCUCUGGACUCUUUACAAGCCAGACUCCUACUUCGCACCACCAGGUGAUUGGCGCGCCUCCCGCUCCCGCGGCGGAGGCGUCAUUCCAAUCAACCUAGUCCAUGACAUCGACCUCAUGCACCACUUCUUUGGUCCUAUCGUCCGCGUCACCGCAGAGCGCACUAUUCCUCAGCGGCCCAGUCCUCCCCAUGAUGCCGACGAAGGUGCAGCUCUCACGCUCCGCUUCGCUUCCGGAGUGGUCGGUAGUUUCCUCGUCUGCGACGCCACGCCAUCGCCGCAUAACUUCGAAACCGGCACAGGAGAGAACCCCAUGAUUCCAAAAUCUGAUGGAUCCGACUUCUACCGGAUCUUCGGGUCCGAGGCCUCGCUGAGUGUACCGGAUUUGACUAGGUGGAGCUAUGAUGGGAAGAUGGAGAAGAGCUGGGCGAAUGAGUUGACUGUGGAUAAAAUUGAGGUUCCAGAUCAGGCGGCGCCAUUUGAUUUACAACUGGAGCAUUUUGUCAAUGUUGUGAACGGGGAUGCGGUGCCCAAUUGUUCUGGGGAAGAGGGGUUGAGGGCGCUUGUUGUUUGUGAAGCUAUUGUUAGAGCUAUGGAGACUGGGGUGCCGGUGGAUGUUGAUGUUAAUCUUUCGAAGAAGUAG